CUGUGAAGACAACCAAAACAAAAAAAUACAAUACACAAUUGUAAUUAUACAACCCGAACGAAAAGCGACGCGAAGGAGGCGUGUCUAGAGAAGCGGAGGACGCGGAGGUGACCCCCAAACCAUGGCAAUGCUGACCCGCUUGACCAGCAGCGGCACCACCACGGUGGCAGGAGCCCCCGGAUCCCCCAAGGGUCUGCAGCGGUUCCAGAACUACAUUUCCGCCUUCUUGUGGCCGGGAACGCAGCGCCAGCGGAGAAAGUCCACGCAGCUCGAUGCCAUCGACUGCUUCACCAACGACUUGGUCACGAGGAAGACUCAGAAGUGGGAGGAGCUGCGCGACAGCCUGAUGAACAGGCCAACGCCCGGAAACCAGGAGACGGAUAGCAACAGCAAUGUGGCAACGGAGGGCAAGGUGGGCAGCACCUCCACUAGCUUCAGCCAGAACGUGGGCCUCAUGUCCAAGGGUAUGAUGAGCGAUCUAAAGGCUCUGCGCUCACCCCAACUGGGACUGGACAUAAGAUCCCUUUCGCAGGCGCAACUGGACAAUCUGCUGAUGGCCACGCUGGAAAUCAAAAACAAGUUGGACUUUCUCUACCUGAUCCGCCAGUGCAUCCGCUGCAACUUGCUGCCAUCCAACGAGGUGUUUGUGUCCUGCCUCAAGUAUCUGAGUGCCCAGCGCAAGCUGCAGCAGUUGGAGGCACUGGCGGACACAUGCCGGCAGCUGAAGCACCCCUUCUCACAGACCUACGCGGACCUGGCUCCCUUCCGGGCCAUCGCUCUGUGGAACAAUGGCAACGCGGACGUGGCCCUGAUGACCCUGCAUCGGGGCUAUGGGGUGAGCAUGACGUCGGAGGAGGGCAGGCGGAUGGCGCGAACAGCUUUUCGUACCAUUUCCGAGGAGACGCUGGCCCAGAAGAGUGAGGCUGUGCUGGUUUCGCUGCUCGAGGUGGCACGUGCCAUUCACAGCGAGCACAAGGACAUCUUUGUGGUGGCCUGUGUGUGGAAGCAAUGCUUCGUAAGCGACUGGUUCUGCGACCAGAAAUCAGCGGGCGAACUGUUCGAACAUUACAAGGAGCUGCAGGAACUGGUGGAGCGGAGAGCCAGUCCCCUAUGCUCUUCAUUCCUGGGUCGCAACAAUGUAGAUGCCGUGCAUCGUCUUAUCGAGGUUUUUCUGCAGCACCAGCAGCGUUCAGCCUGCUCCAGCUGCCUCAGCCUGCUCUUCAACUAUCAAUACAUGCGUAAGGAUCUGCGUGCCUGCGCCGAGAUUGUCAAAUCCUGCAGUGAGUUGGAGAUGCCGCUAAAUGAGCUGCAGAACGAACAGUUCCUCAGUCUGUUCCUCGACCAGAGCGAUCCUUUGGACUCUUCGGGCAUGGCCAGCAAGUACAAGGCGCCCAAGUCCUUCCAGUACAAGUUCUAGUUCCGAGUUGCGAACGUUAAGCCGUUGUCAUCGUAGUUUUAGCACAAGAAUGUGUUUGCACCAUUGAGCAAUAUUGCAAGCCAUCCCCCCAUUUAAGCCCCUCCCCAAGAAAACUAGCGCCUCUUUAAUAAAUGUUAUUUAAUGUCCA